AUGGGGACGGCGUACCUAAUGCGGCGAAGAGCCCCACCCGCUCUACCGUCCCGCUGGCGGCUCCGAUGGUGCUUUGCCGGCAUCCCGGAGGCUUACCAUCUGGUAAGACACACAGCAAACACAACUUGCUUGCCAGUCAGCCAGCGCAUCGACAAAGAAUGGAACCGUCAUGCACGCUUCGCCGCCGGGGAGAUCGGCACUCCUCAUUUUCGGGACGGUAGAGCAACCGCAAUCCUCCCGCCUGUCCUCCGGCGAGUUGAUCUCAAUGCUUUCGCCAUACGGUUUGUCUUGGUACAGGGCAACACUAGAUAG